CCUGUAUUACCAGGUAAACGUUACAAGAUGUCAUCUUUCUUUCCUUCCCAUAUCUAAAAGAUGGGAUGAACUUGUCAAUAACUCCCACCGCCUUUCCUUUCCUUUUCUUUCCAAGAGGGCACCUUGAUGAGCCUGCAGCCUUAGACAAAGGACCGUCUCACAAAUCUCUGACCCAACCUACGUAUUGCACAAUCUGAGACAAAGAAAGUUCCCCAGAAAGGCAGAACUCAAAAGCCUCGAUGGCGAAAGCAGCAGCAGAGAAGCAGUAGCAGCAGUAGCAGGAGGAAGUCUGGUGGUCACGUGACUCGGCGUCCAUGUGACUUGGCGGCGGAGGAGCGAGCGAGAAACGUUGGGAGUUUCGCCCGGGUUCUCAUGGCUGGGCUGGUCGUUUCCUUCCUUCCCCGGCGUGGGUUUCCUCGUUUCUUGCUGCUGUUACCUCCACUGCUAUUGCCGCUGUUCAUCUUCCUCCUGCUCCCCUCAUGGGGCCGGGGUGGUCGCUACGACCCGACGUGGGAGUCUCUGGACUCCCGGCCACUUCCGCCCUGGUUCGAUGAAGCCAAGUUUGGGAUUUUCAUCCACUGGGGUGUUUUUUCCGUGCCAAGUUUCGGCAGCGAGUGGUUUUGGUGGUAUUGGCAACAGAAAAAGAAGGAACCUUAUGUAACUUUUAUGAAGGAAAACUACCAACCUGGAUUCACUUAUGAAGAGUUUGGCCCUAUGUUUACAACUGAGUUCUUUGAUGCCAACCAGUGGGCAGAUAUUCUGAGUGCUUCAGGUGCCAAAUACAUUGUCUUGACUUCAAAACAUCAUGAAGGUUUUACUCUGUGGGGGUCAAAGUAUUCCUGGAAUUGGAACAGUGUUGAUAUUGGACCGAAACGGGACCUUGUGAAGGAGUUAGCUACAUCCAUUAGAAACCGGACAAGCUUACGUUUUGGGCUAUAUCACUCACUGUUUGAAUGGUUCCACCCUCUCUUCCGUGAUGAUGCUGCUAGCAAAUUCAAGAAACAACAGUUUCCAAAUGUCAAAACUCUUCCAGAGCUUUAUGAGAUUGUGAACCAAUAUCAGCCAGAGAUUCUGUGGUCAGAUGGCGAUGGGAAUGCUCCAGAUACUUACUGGAACAGCACUGCCUUCCUAGCAUGGCUUUAUAAUGACAGCCCUGUUAAGGAAACAGUUGUAACAAAUGAUCGCUGGGGAGCUGGCACAAUAUGCAAACACGGAGGUUAUUUCACUUGUGCCGAUCGAUACAGCCCUAAACAUCUUUUGCCCCAUAAGUGGGAGAACUGUAUGACAAUUGACAAAAAGUCUUGGGGAUACCGAAGGAAUGCACAAUUAAGUGAUUAUCUGACUAUUGAAGAUCUCAUAAAGCAACUUGUAGAGACAGUAGCAUGUGGAGGAAAUCUUUUGAUGAAUAUUGGGCCCACCCAUGAUGGCCGCAUUCCUAUUGUAUUUGAAGAGCGUCUGAAGCAAAUGGGGAGUUGGUUGGCAUUGAAUGGUGAAGCUAUUUUCAGCACAAAAACUUGGAGAGCCCAAAAUGAUAGUAUAACACCAGGAGUCUGGUACACAUUCAAACCAAAAAACAGCAUUCUGUAUGCCAUUUUCCUUAAGUGGCCAUCUUCAGGAACUCUGACGCUGGGUGAACCAAAAGCUGUUCUUGGGCAAACAAAGGUGAGGCUAAUAGGAUAUGAAGAAUCGUUGCCCUGGGUUUCGAUGGGAGAAAAAGGAAUGAUGGUGGCUGCACCUCUGUUAUCUUUCAAUACAUUUCCCUAUCAGUGGGCCUGGACUCUAGAAGUUACUAAUGCACAAUAGUGACAGAAUCUUGCUCUGCUGAAUUUUGGUAACUGGAGAAAUAAGGAUAGAUUUAAAAUAUAAAAUAAUUCAUGCACUUAAUACUUUUAAAGCAAAGUUGAUGGAAGGAUGCAUAUAGCAAUCACAAAAACUGAAUAGGAUAAAUAAAGUAAAUUGGUAUUCUUCAUUGAAUGCUGAGGUAUUGAAAUGAUAGAUGUAACAGAAGUGUUGAAGUUUAUGAUGUUAAAUAUAGCUGUUAAUACAACCUUGCUUUUGUGAAACAGAAUUCAGGGAAGGGAGUUUCAGAAUUGUUUUAAAAUUGGGGCUUUAAUCUUUCCCCCAACAAUACGCUUUUAUUGUGAACUAUUUUGACUACCUCAUAGGAUUCCAAAGAGGUUAGAAAAUUUUCUACUGGCAUUUAGAUCCUAGUUUUCAGGAGAUAAAAGUGAUCUAGUGUUCUGUAUUUGUUCUUAAAGGUAUUAGAUAACAAACAAUUUAAAAAGUUAUAGUAUAUAUGUUUAAAGCCCUCAUGGGAUGAGUGCAGGCUACUUGGACCAGCCUGAUGGGACUGGCCCACCUCACCCACGCCAGCAGAGGGGGUAUACUACAGGGUAUACUACGGAUCCCAUCAGCCAAAGCCAUGGCUCCUGCCCUCUGAAUAUCCUACUCCCUGAGGUGAGAUUGGCUUCCACCCUCCUGACUUAGAGCCUUAAGACUCUGCCAGGUGGCAUGGAGACCCAAUGGGGAAGCUUCACACUGGAUGUGGUUGACUAAUUAAAACCUAAUCCCACCUCUUUUCAUGCAUCUGGCCCUCUCCUUUGCCAUCUUGUGUUAGUAGUUAUAUCUGUUGUGUUAUUUUAUAGUUGAUUAUUUUAAUGUUUUUUAAAUGUUUUUAUAUUGCAAUUGUCAGAUAGGAGAUGAGUGGCAAAUAAAUUUAAUAAUAUAAAUUCCUGUUAAAGACAGCCCUGUUAAAAUGCCAGGUGUUUACGAUGUAAAGAAAUCAGACCAAGAUAAAUUACUUCAGAAUUUUUUCCACCUUUAAUAUAACACAUAAGCUAUACAAUUCAAUUAAAAAGCAGACUGAAAUUUUUCCGGGGGGGGGGGGGAAUAAAAAUCUUAUAAUAACAUGGUUGCAUAAGGGUGCACGCCCUCUUAUAAGCAGAGAUGCGGCUAUGUUCAGAAUUAACUAAUCACAUUCAAACUGUGGUUAAAUAGUAGUACACAGUGACUAAUCAGGCCCAUUUUCAACUGUUCUAGUAGGAUUUUUGACAUUUACUCAGUUGCCUCUUACAGCAAAAGCCAUGCUGCUUCAACAAAGUAUUAGUUUAAAGGUGUGCACACUUAUGCAACCAUGUUAUUGUUUUUUAUUGCUUUUUCCUCCUGAAAGAUUUCAGUUUUUCAAUUCAAUUGUACGGUUUAUGUUUCUAUGAAAAUUGGAAAAAAUUCUGAAGUAAAUUAUCUUGGUCUGAUUUUUUUUUUCCAAAAACUUGGCAUUUCAAUAGGGCUGUAUAGAUUUUCUAUAUGCACUCUAUUUCCAAGAGGUCUAGUUCCUACCUUAAAAUACAUAGGUUAUUGCCAUUGAAAAUAAGUUUUUAAUUUUAAUGUUUAUAAUAUAUUUCUGUGCAGAGCAUCACUAGUGAAAUUGUCUAAGACAACUUCAAAAGGGAUAAAUUCACGUUUGAGAUUUAGCUACUGUUACCUUGUAUUGUUACAUUAGAUAUUUUAUUAUUUGUAUUAACUGAUUAAACUGCAGCUUUGCAACUA